AUGUCGGCAGAAUUCUAUGGCAUUUUGGGAAUACCAGCAAAGUCUCCCGUUUCCAUUGUCCAAAAAGCAUACAAACAGGCCGCUUUACGCCUACACCCGGAUAAGAAUCGAAGCAACCCUAAUGCUACAGAGAGAUUUCAUGCGAUUGCGGAGGCAUAUGCUGUACUUUCAGAUCCUGCUGCAAAAGCUGCGUAUGACGAAAAAAUAGCCCUAGAAGAGGCGCGCCUAGCUAGACUGGCGCAAAUGGAUGAAAGACGAAGGGGUCUUCGCGAGUCUUUGUUGGCUCGUGAAAAACAAGCCGCUUCUUUUGCUGCAAAUUUCAGAGAAAAGCCCGGGGAGGCUGAGCGGAUGGCCGCUGCCAAGUUUCAAAUGGAGCUUGAACGUGUCAGGAGGAAGCAAUAUAGAACCCAAUCUGCCUUUAAACCGGACACUUCAACGGACGAUCAUGAAGCUGAAGAUGUCUGCACUGUACAUAUUUUACCGCAAAGAAAACCGAACAGGAUUAUCAUGCCAUUUGUUGAUGAAUGCAAAGGUCUUUCUCUUGACGAGUAUGAAGCUGUCACUUUUCAGAGGUUUAGGGCUCCAUAA